CGCCGCCGCCGCCGGCAGUGGCAGUUGGGGCCGCGCGGCCAGCGCGUGCGCAGGCGCGGUGCUGCCCCCGCCGCGGCCGGUCACCUCCGGCGGCACCCGAGCCUUGCCCGGCGCUGGCGGCAGGAGCGGGCCCGGGCCGCGGGCUGGGGGCAGGACCGCGGCGUGGAAGGGGGCGGCGGCGGGCGGGGAGGUCUCCCGCGGCGGGAAGCUGUGAGGAGGCUGCCCUGGCACAGCCCGGGCCGCGCGACACCCCUCUCCGCCGGGCUCGGGCUUCGUACUCCGGCCCCCACCCCACCCCCGUCGUGCGGUGUGUGAGGGGAAAAGAGAAAGGCUCGGCGGGCGGCGUGGAGCUGGUCCCGGCUGUGCCGGGCGAGGCGGCGGGGCUGGCCGCCGCCGGGCCCCCCCGGGCGAGGCCGGUGCCGCGGCGGUGCCUGCCCGCGCUGCCGGGCCCGUCCUGCCCGCCGGGUGAGGGGAGCGGCGCCGCCGCAGCUGUCGCCGGCUCUCGGGCGGGGUAACGCGUUCCUGGCCGGACGGAGCCGCUGGAGACCUGGAAACCUGGCUGGAAGGUGGAGGAGGUUCGAGGGCAGGUGCAUCUGAUUACCUGCUGGAAAUACUUUGAAGUGUCAACAAUGAACUCGAUGUUAACAUUAUUUCUUUCUGGAAUAGUUGCCUGUUGUGCUCACUCUACUGGUGAUUCGGUAGCCAGGCUACUCCUCGUGUCCUUUGAUGGCUUCAGGGCUGAUUACCUGGAAACCUAUAACCUUCCUCAUCUUCAGAAAUUCAUUGAGGAUGGUGUGCUUGUAAAACAGGUUACAAAUGCUUUUAUCACCAAGACUUUCCCAAACCAUUAUACCAUAGUGACAGGUUUAUACGAAGAAAGUCAUGGUAUUGUGGCUAAUGACAUGUACGACGUAGAUGCCAAGAAAAAGUUCUCACAGUUCAAUGAUUCAGAUCCCUUCUGGUGGAACGGGGCAGUUCCAAUUUGGGUAACAAAUCAACAGCAGGGAAAUGGAGCAAGUGCUGCUGCAAUGUGGCCUGGUACCGAUGUAAAAAUCAACGAUACGACCCCUCAGUUCUUUAUGAAGUAUAACUUUUCAGUAACGUUUGAGGAGAGAGUGGAGCAAAUUGUUGCGUGGCUGAACAGCUCUAAUCCAGUAGUCAGCUUUGCUACAUUAUACUGGGAAGAACCUGAUGCAAGUGGGCACAAGUAUGGACCAGAUGACACUGAGAACAUGCGCAGAGUAUUAGAGGAAGUGGAUAAUCAUAUUGGUUUCCUUAUUAAUAAAUUGAAGGCAUUGGGUUUGUGGGACAGUAUUAAUAUCAUAAUAACAAGUGAUCAUGGAAUGGCAUCCUGUUCUGCAAAGAAGCUGAUUAUCCUGGACAGCUGCAUUGGUCGCAAUAACUAUACUCUGAUAGACAAGACUCCAGUUGCUGCAGUGCUGCCAAGGGAGAACAAAAGAGAUGUGUAUAACUUCCUGAAAAGGUGCAGCAGUCACAUGAAAGUGUAUCUCAAAGAAGAAAUUCCAGAGAGAUUUCAUUAUCGUCAUAAUAAGAGAAUUCAACCCAUAAUUCUGGUGGCAGAUGAAGGCUGGACAAUUGUACAAAAUGAGUCACUUUCAAAAUUAGGUGACCAUGGUUAUGACAACACUCUCCCAAGCAUGCAUCCAUUCCUGGCUGCUCGCGGGCCUGCUUUUCAUCGGGGUUACAAGCAGAGCACAAUGAACAACGUUGAUAUUUACCCCAUGAUGUGCCACAUCCUGGGACUGACACCACAGCCCCACAAUGGCACUUUCAGUAACAUCAAGUGCUUGCUCACUGACCAGCGGUGCAUAAAUCUUCCAGAAACUAUUGGGAUAGUUAUUGGGGCUCUUAUGAUACUGACCACUUUCACCUGCAUUAUAAUAAUCUCAAAGAAUAGAGUAGCUCCCCCACGGCCAUUUUCCCGACUUCAGUUACAAUAUGAUGAUGACGAUCCUUUAAUCGGAUAGGGUGUAGGAAGCCUGGUCUCGCUUGCUAAAUAGUGAUUUCAGGAAAAAGAGCUUGAACUUGCACUGGAUGGCAUUAUUUGAUGCACUUUAAUGGUAUCUGUAUACAAUACUGUACAGCCAGAUCUUGCUAACUUGUGUGUGUGCUACCUGACCAGUAGUCCUGUAAAAAAUACUUUUAGAACAAAAUGGUGAACAUGUGGCUUUCUGCUGGAAGAGAUGCUUAACAAAUUAAGGAUGUUUAGUUUUUCAUUCAAGCCUUUGAACACUUUCAAAAUGAAAUUCCAUAGUACGAAGUAGCCAGGAUAGACUAAGUGAAUUUUAACACUUGUAAAUGAUAAAUGUUUAAAUUUCAUGUUGACUACUGUUAGUGUUCUUGGACCUGGUUUUUUAUGAGAGUUAAAGUUAGUUCUGUUUGGACAGUAUGUUCCAAGUUGUUCUUAAAUUUGGGGAUAGAGGGUGUAGAGAAGAUCUAAUACUUCUGUUUCCACCCUAAGCCAACAAUACAACAAGAAACUGGCCAGAGAGAAAACAGAAGUCAGCGAGGAAAGAAUUGGUGCGCAUUGCUUCUAUUUUGAGCAAUAAACUAUGCGGUUCAGCAGUUACAACACUGGGCAGAUGGCUCUGAAAUUUCUAGUUCCACAGUUCCUGUUGGGAUGGUACUACUUGCUUAUCUCAAGGAUGUCAGUUUACUCUGAGAAUCCUUGGAUUACCCAGUUUCACGGACUGUAGCAUUAAAAUUAGUGCUACAAUUACUGCUUCUAAACCCUGUGAGAAGCUUUUCAGGUGUAAACUCUGCUGAAGGUGGUUUUGUAAUAAAGGUGGUUCUGCCCUGUGUACCAGCUGAUCAUUAUCUUUUGAAGGCUGUGAUGUGCUAAAAAGCAACAACUGAAAGUUUGGCAUGCAAUCAUCAAGCAAGGCUUCCAAGCUCUUUUUUUAAAUGCCGGAAAUUUAAAGGGAAAAGUUAAUUUCUUUUUUGAGAUUAGAUCUGUUAUCUGUAGUGACUGAGUUGUAUAGAUGCAAAGCAAUGCUGAAGACCAGUGCUAAUGGUUUUCUUGAAACUUGUUAAUGCUCAAGUCUAGUAACUUGCUGUUAAAGAAACUAACUUGAUUUAGAAAGCUUUAGUGGUACCUUGUAUUUCAGCAGGAAGGGAAUGUGAGGUUCAAUUAUUAAUGCUAACCCAAAAAGAGAAGUGCAGUUACCAAGCCCUUUUUCUGCAAGUUUGAUAGUGUUAAGAACUAAUAAUCUGAAGUGAGAGAGCUGAGGUACCUGGCAGCAUGCAAUGUGGUUUCUUGUUCACGAGCUCAAAUUCAGUGUGAUUUGGUAUUAGCCCCAGACUGCCUUCUAGUGAUCCAACUGAAUGCAAGUGUGGACUUUAGAGGGAAGGGUUACCUUUAACUGCCCACUUUAAAAAAUACACUUGAGUUUUUAAAAUGACAUGUAGGAGUUUUACUGAUGUGUAUCUUCUUCUCUGAGGAUUCUAUUGUACUGAUUAAAAACACAAUACAAAACCUAA